AUGCAAGGCGCGCUGCGAUGGCUCACGGAGGUCUCGGCCAAUCUGAGACCGCCGUUGCUGGCGCUUGUAACGAAUCGCCUUGAAAGGGAUGCUGAAAACGCGUACUUUUUCACGCUUGGAUCGGGCCUCAAGUCACUGGGAUACGCCAUUGAGGUGAUAGCGCAGGAAGGAGGGCCCAUGGCGGACGCGUGGAGGGGCCUGGCCUUUCCUGCUCCGCCCCUCUCUCCUGCCCCUCUCUCCCGCCCCUCUCUCCCGCACCUCUCUCCCGCACCUCUCUCCCACACCUCUCCCGCACCACUCUUCUGCCUUGCAAUCCCGCCUUGCUGCCGCCCGUGGGACUUCCUUCCCUUGCGCAGCUACCAGGGAGUUUUGGCGAACUCGUUAGAAGCCACUCCGUUUAUAGCCAAGCUGGCCCAAGAACCCUUCACCGAAGUCCCGCUGGUGUGGGUCGUGCACGAGGCUGACGUGGCGGACAGGCUGGCAGUGUACGAGUCCAGUCAGCAUCUGCAAGGGCUGAGGCAGCAGUGGGUAGAGCUAUUCGCUCGACCUGACGCCCUCGUGUUCCCCUGCAUGGCACUUAAAGAACGAUACCAGUCCCUGAACACUGGAAACUUCGUGGUAAUUCCCGGCUCGCCCACGUGGACGUACGCCGCGACCCGAUUCGCCGCGUCGCACUCGCCAGAGUCGGAGCGGGCGGCGCGUCAGAUCCCGCCUGACACGUUCACUGUAGCAGUGGCGGGAAACCAGAGGGUGUACCAGGGAAAGUGGCGGGAAAGGGCAAUGGCUAUGCAUGCCGUUCAGUCAUUGGUGCAGCCGCCUGGUUUGGGGUGGGGGUCUAUAUGGGGUUGGAUGGUAGGGGAUGCUGUGGGAAAGGGAGGAGGGCAGGGCGGAGGAGGAGGGGGAGGAGGGGAAGGAAGGAGGGAGCAGAGAGGAGGUGGGAGAGGGAGAGGAGGGGAAGGGAACCAAAAGGAGCGAGAGGGGGUUUCUGCUGUGGAGCGAGCGCACGUGGUGUUUAUGGGAAGCUGGAACACCUCAGGGUCACAGUCGCAGCUGGCGGUGCUUAAGGUGGUAGCGAAGCAUCUGCUUAUAGCGAAUCUGACGUGGGGCGUGGGGGAGGCGGAGGGGGAGGAGGGGAUGGGCGUGCUGAUGGCGAGUGAUGUGGUGGUGUGGAGCUCGGUGGAGGAGGAGAGGGAGGUGAACCCGCUGCUCGUGAAAGCGCUGGCUUUGGGGAAGGUGAUUGUGGUUCCGAAGCUGAUCAAGAUUCGAGCAGAGUUGACCAAUGGCGUGCAUGCUCUUUUCUACGACUCUGGGAAGGAACCUUCCAUGAAGCAGGUGCUCCUUAAAGCCGCGUCGCUGUCGCAGUCUGACGCACUUGCCAUGUCAGCGUCAGGCCGCGAGCUCUCAUUGGCUCUGGACGCGCGCAGCGUGGUUAAGGAGGUAGCGAGGCUCCUAGAGCGGGUAAUGGAAGGGGGCGUGGGGAUUAGAAGCCCUCGGCCGGCGGAUUGGCUGUGGUGGGAUAAGAAGCAGGCGUGGAUGUGGGGGGAGGACGGUGGGUGGGGGUGGGGAGAGGGAGGGGGGAAGGGAGGAGACGGAGGAGAGGGAGGGAGCUGGGAUGUAAGAGAAGGGAGGGAAGAGGGAGGAGUACGGAAGGGAGAGGGAGGAUACGGGACGGGAGGUGGGGGGAAAACGAAGGGUGGAGAGGAGGAAGGGGAGGAGGAAGGGGAGAGUGUGGAUGUAGGUGGGGGUGUGGAGGAAGGGGAGGCUGAGGUUGUGACGGGAGGGGAGAGUGGGGUUAUUGGAGGGAGGAAGGUGAUACUAAGGAAAGGUGACUAUAAGGGUCGAAGGGUGGGGUUGAAGGAGGGAGGCAAGGAAAAGGAAGGCGAGGGGAGGGUGGUGGGGACCGGAAGAGGAGAGAGAGCAGAUGUGGAUACGAGCGAGGGUCGGAAUAGUGCGACAGAGAGGAGUGAGGGAGGGAGUGAGGGAGGGAGUGAGAGGAGGAGGAGUGUGGUGCUGCAGAUGGAGGAGGAGUGGGAGGAGUUGAAGAGAAGGGAAGCGGCGCUGCUGAUGGGAGAUAAAACGAGGGAUAGCAUGCUGAUGGCCGAAAUGGACGGUGCUGAGGAGGCGGUGGGAGGCGGGCUAGCGGGUGAAACAGGAGGAGCAGGAGUUGGAGCAGGCGCAACAGCAGCAGCAGCAGGGGGAGCAGCAGGAGUGGGCGGGGGAGUAGCGGGGCAAGGGGGGUCGGUAACAGAGGCUGACAGAAACGGUGGUGCUGUUGGCGUGGUUGAUAGGGUGGGCGGGUCUGGUGCGGUUCUGAGUGGUAGCAAGUCAAGUGCAGCGGUUUCAGGUGCUGCCGCUGCAGCUGCUGCCAUUGGGACUGUGGGGGAGGAGAAAGGCAGCGCAGGAGAAAGGACAGGAGGAGGAACAGCAGCAGCAGCAGCAGCAGCAGCAGGAGUGCCUGAGCUGAAAGCACCUGAGGAGCAACUGGAGGCCGAUAUUGUAAAUCUUCUAGCAGCAGCAGCAGCAGCAGCUGAGCUUGGGCUGAAAACGCGUGCGGGGCCAGUGGAGCCGGAUAGUGUAAGCCGUUUUCGUUACAAGGCGUUGUCCUGGGUGGGAGGAGAGGAGGUGAAGGUGGGCGUGAAACGAUUACCAUCUAAGUUACUCCUCUCUACCUCCCUUUCCCUCCUCUCCCCACGCCAGUUGUGGGACCGCAGGGAACAUGAAUCCCUGUCAUGGGAGGAGGUGAAGGUGGGGGUGAAGCGGGCGGAGAGGAGUGGGCUGCAUGAGAGGGACGACGGGGACCUCGAGCGAUCAGGCCAGCCCAUCUGCAUCUACGAGCCGUACACUGGGAACGGAUCCUGGCCGUUCAUUCAUGACAAGGAUACCCUGUACCGUGGGGUUAGUCUGUCGCGCUCCUCCCGCCGCCCCAACCUGUAUGACGACGUGAACGCGUGGGCGCGCCUGCCCAUGCUCGCCUCCCCCUACUACCGCGACGUGCUGUGCGACUUUGCAGCCAUGCUCGCAAUCAACUACCGCAUAGACCGAGUCCACAGGAACCCCUGGAUAGGCUUCCAGCCGUGGCGGGUCCGGGCGGAGAAUGUGGGGUUGAGCGGCGCUGCGGAAAAGGCGCUGGUUGGGACUAUAGAGGGCGGGACUGUAGCGGAUGCGGUAGUGUACUGGGUGAGUAUUGUAGACCAGGUGGAGAUUCAUAGGGAUCCGAGGAGUGCGGCGCUGGGGGAGGAUGGGGAGAAGGUGGGGGGAGGGGGAGGGGGAGGGGGAGGGGGAGGCGGAGGCGGAGGCGGAGGCGGGGGGGGAGGCGGAGGGGGAGGUGCGCGAGAGCAUGGGGGUAAGGGUGAUGGGGGAGGGGAGACGGGGGUAGGAGUGGGGAAAGCGCGUGUUGGGGGGUUGGAGGAGCGAAGUGGGGAUGACUUUUGGACUACAUGUGACAUGAUGAACCGUGGUAACUGCAGAGCUGCAUUCCUGGAGGCCAUGCGCCUGGUGUACAGCCUGCCUUCAAAUUGGACCACCCUGCCACCCAUGCCCACCGGAGGGGGUACCUGGUCUGCCAUGCACGCGUGGGCCAUGCCGGCACACAACUUUGUGGAGUUCAUGCUGUUUGCGCGAUCCCGCUCCCGGCGCGCCUGGUUCCAAUGGUUCUCCCGCCCGGUACUUAAAGCUAUGGACGAGGAAAGAGCAGAAGAGACGGACGACCCCGCCCACGCGAUCAACGGGCGGCGGUGGCUUUGGCCUCAUCUAGGGGAGGUGCAGUGGCAGGGGUCGAUUGAGCGGGAUAGAAUGUUUAAAUUGUGGCAGAAGGGGCAGAAGGAGAGGAAGAAGAAGGAGAGGCUGGCGCGAAUGAGAGUGAGGUAUAAGCAGGAGGCGUUGGGAGGGCCUGUGGUGAAAACAUUGGGGGAGGUUGAGGGCGUGGGGGGGUUGGGGAGGAAUGGGAGUGUUGUGGAGAGUGGGGAGGAGGGGAAGAGAGGAAGUGGUGGUGACGGCGGCAGUGACAGGGAAGUCGGUGUAGGCAAGAAGAGUAGCAGCAGCAGUAGCAGUGACACGGCUCAGGAGGAGGGUAAGGAGGACAGUGAUACAAGAUGA